GGCGGAGGCGGCGGGGAGGACGGAGCUCACCCUCCUCUGCAGCGCCCAUGGGGACGGGACGACUUUAAAGGAGUUUUUUUUUGGGGGGCGGGGAAGGUUUCUGGCGCUGGGCGAUCACGGAUCCGGCGAUUCCUGCCCUCGCCUCGCCCCGUCAUUGAUGGGCAACCAACUGGAUCGCAUCACCCACCUGAAUUACAGCGAGCUGCCGACCGGGGACCCCUCGGGGAUCGAGAAAGACGAGCUGCGCGUCGGGGUGGCUUACUUCUUUUCGGAUGAGGAGGAGGACCUGGACGAGCGAGGCCAGCCAGACAAGUACGGCGUGAAGGGCUCCGGCAGCCCUGGCCAGGAGACGCCCACCCACCACCACCACCUCCACCACCACCACCACCACCAGCUGGUGCUGAACGAAACCCAGUUCUCCGCUUUCCGCGGCCAGGAAUGCAUCUUCUCCAAGGUCAGCAGCGGCCCCCAGGCUGGGGACCUCAGCGUCUACUCGGUGUCAGCCCUGCCUGCCCUCUGCAAGCCGGGGGACCUGCUGGAGCUGCUCUACCUGGGGCCGUCGGAGCAGCCGCCGCCGCCGCACUGGGCGGUCUACGUGGGCAGCGGGCAGAUCAUCCACCUGCACCAGGGGCAGAUCCGGCAGGACAGCUUGUACGAGUUGGCCGCGGGCAACGUGGGCCGGGUGGUGAAUAGCUGGUACCGUUUUCGCCCGCUGGUGGCCGAGCUGGUGGUGCAAAACGCCUGCGGGCACCUGGGCUUAAAAAGCGACGAGAUCUGCUGGACGAACUCGGAGAGUUUCGCCGCCUGGUGCCGGUUCGGGAAAAGGGAGUUCAAAGCCGGGGGGGAGCUGCAGGCUGCUGCCGGCCCCCAGCCCCAGCAGCAGUACUAUCUCAAGAUUCACUUGGCGGAGAACAAGGUGCACACCGUGAGGUUCCACAGCCUGGAGGAUCUAAUCCGCGAGAAGCGCCGGAUCGACGCCAGCGGCAAACUGAGGGUGAUCCAAGACCUGACGAUCGUGGAUGGGAAGGAAUAGGGAGUUUUC